CAGCUUUGCAGCAGGGGUCCUUCGCGCUAACGCUAAUGUUUGUUAGCUUAGUCGCAGCUAGCAGCUACGUGCGCAGUCAGUCGUCGGAACAAACAUGGUGUUGUUGGUUUCUCUCUGUUGAGAAUGAGCCCGAAAGAAGUCAGAUCUCAUUUAGCCCGAGUCCUGGAGGUCUGGUCCAAACAGAGCAUCCGGAGCCGUUGUUGGAUGUCACAUAGAGAUGCGGGAGGAUUUGAACUACUUAGCUUCUUCUACAGCGGGAUGACCUGACGACAUCUUGCUACUUUGACCUCCUCCAUCACCCCAGCUCUGUCGGGUAAAAACUCACCUCCACCUCACAUCUGCAAACGCCUGGAUCGACUCGCUCUCUGCUGGAUCCCCUUCCUCCACACCCCUCCUACAGCCCUGUUUUGAUCUGUCCUGUCCCCCCAUUCACAAAUCAGAGACCAUGUAUUGCCUCCAGUGGCUCCUCCCCGUGCUGCUCAUCCCCAAACCGCUGAACCCGGCACUGUGGUUCAACCACUCCAUGUUCAUGGGCUUCUACCUGCUCAGCUUCCUGCUGGAGAGAAAGCCCUGCACCAUCUGUGCCUUGGUCUUCCUCGCCGCCCUCUUCCUCAUCUGCUACAGCUGCUGGGGCAACUGCUUCCUGUACCACUGCCAGGACGCUGCGCUGCCGGACGCUGCACAGGACCCGUCCAUCGUCGGGACCUAGUACAGAGGAGGGGUGGGGGGGAGACAUCUCAGAAAAGGAGUGAGUGAGGGAGAGUGGAGGGUGAUACUGCCAUGCUGGAUGAGCGGAAAAUACUGAAACUGUUCGGCCAAGAGUGGAACGGAAGAGGAGGAGAACGCCACUGUGGAGGACUCGCUGUAAAGGAAGAGACUCAAGUUUAAGAUGAGAGGAGGCGGAGGGAACGUUUGAGGAGACAUUUAGAGGAGAGGAAGGAGGAGCAUCCAAAUGUCGUAGGAAGGACGUUUGAGAACAUUUUGUUUCUAGCAUACGCAUAAACCUGGUCGAUUAACACACACAAACACACACACCACAGGUGACGCACACACAGAGUGACGGCUGUGUUUCAGUAUUCUCGUUCCUCUAACCCUCGGACUCGUUUACCUCCAACUGCUCCGUAAAACACGACAGGUCAUAUUUUCAACCUCAAACUUCCAUAUUCUCACACACAAACAAGGACGCUCCUCACAACCACACACACUCACUGCUGCAGUUUGUUCACACGCUUUACACGCCAUGAAGUGUUACAGGAUAGUUUGCAUCUUGUCGUUUUUUCCCCAAAGUUCGAGGGAGUCACCUGACCAAUCUCUGCCGCCAUUUUGGCUCUGCACACGCCGUAUCGCCCUGACCCAGGGUAGCGCACACACACACACACACACACCCACACCGGACAAGCGAUAACUAUGCUGUGACUAACUCCUCGUGUGAAGGUGAAGAAAUGCUGAGACUGUCCCGUCUUCUUCACCCUCACCGCGCUCGCCUCCUCCUCCUCCUCCUCCUCCUCUGAGUGAACGCCCCGACCGCCACAUUCAACGUUUACUUUCUUCUUUGCUGUUUUCUCUUUUCGUUCGUUUGUGUUUCUCGUGCAUGGGUUGCUGUUUAUUUUUUCGAGGUUCACAGAAAUUUUUAACGAUUAAAAAUUGCUGAAUGUGUGUGUGUGUGUGUGUCUGUUGUGAUAACGACACGCUGAUAGAAAACGUGGAGACGCACGAGGCGAUCGCACCGUCGGUGUUCUCAGCGACAUAAAGCAAUAUGGAGCUCUGCUGGUCGAGAAAUCAAACAGUCACAAUCAGACGAGAGACGCCGCCGCUCCGUUUCCUCGUGCGUCUCUGCUCCACGUGUUCAGCUGUCAGACAGACGGAGGUGUUUAUACCGUUAGUGUGUGCGGGCGUGUGGACUCCUGUCGCAGUGCUGAACACGGUAACUGCUGCAUUAUUGCUUUGGUUUUAAUUUAAAUAAAGUUUUUUCCUCUCAAAGUGUU